AAACAGACGUGAUUUGCGACAUGUUUACAAACUUGACGGCAGUGAGACGUCUAGAAAGUACACUUGUACAACUUUCCUUUGUAACAUUUAUUAAGGGCAACGAUCGAUAAAUGUUGAUUUCUCAGUUCAUCUUGAGGACGGCAGCACCACACUUUCAAUGGGGAAGAUGGACACGUGUACACACACCUGUCACCUGUCGUACAAACUCAGAUAUGGCAACAUUUCGUGAGAUCUUCUCAAAGUCCAAACACAUUGCCAUCAUCACAGGAGCUGGAGUGAGUGCAGAGAGUGGCAUCCCGACCUACAGAGGAGCUGGAGGACACUGGAGAGCAUGGAAGACACAGGACUUGGCGACGCCUGAAUCUUUUUCUCGUAACCCGAGCAGAGUGUGGGAGUUCUUCCACUACCGCAGAGAGCUGGCUCUGAACGCACAGCCCAGUGCUGCCCACCACGCCAUUGCUGAGUGUGAGGCCCGUCUCAGCAAACAAGGCCGAUCCGUGGUGGUGAUCACACAGAACAUCGAUGAGCUGCACCACCGAGCCGGAUCCAAACAUGUGCUGGAUCUCCACGGAAAUCUCUUUAAAACCAGAUGUGUGAGCUGUGGAGAUGUGGAGAGUAAUCACAAGAGCCCCAUCUGUCCAGCACUGGAGGGUAAAGGAUCACCUGAUCCUGAUGUCAGUGAUGCUCCUAUAUCAGUCACACACCUGCCCAGGUGUGAUGAGAAGGGCUGUGACGGUCUGCUCAGACCACAUGUCAUCUGGUUUGGAGAGACUCUAGACUCUCACAUUCUCACUAAAGUGGAAAAAGAGCUGGACACAUGUGAUCUCUGUCUGGUGGUUGGCACUUCCUCUGUUGUGUACCCAGCAGCCAUGUUUGGCCCACAGGUGGCAUCCCGUGGCAUUCCAGUGGCUGAAUUCAACACUCAGACAACACCUAAUACAACACGCUUCAUGUUUCACUUCCAGGGCCCGUGUGGGAAGACCCUCCCCGUCGCUCUGGCUCGCCACGAGUCUGAGGUCAUCUAAUGCUCACGACUGAGGUCAUCCAUCAAUAUCUGAGAAAACUCACUGGAUCAUUAUUAGCAAUAACAUUCAGUCAACUGGAACUCAAAAUAUUGUUGAGUUAUAAAGGAAUUUAGGAUACGCGUUAAAGGGUUCAUUUACCCAAAAAUGACAAUUCUGUCAUCAUUUACUCACCCUCUUGUUGUUGAAUUUUCUCCGUUAUCACAAAAGGAGAUGUUUAGCAGAAGGUUAGUGACCAUUCACUUUCAUUGGAUGGAAAAAUUAUGCAAUGAAAAUGAAUGGUGAGUCUAAUUGUGUUCCACAGAGGAAAGAAUGUAAAUGUUGACCGUUGUCGGGGAAAUGCUUUUUACGUGAACUUGAAAUGAUUUGAAAAGUGGACCAAAGUAACAGGAUAAAGCAGAUUUUUUUCCCCUCAAUUUGUGUAACUCAAUGAUAUAUGUUUGCUCUUUUGAGCAGUUUUCCAUUAGCCGUAUUGUGCCUUAUUUGUAAAUGAGUUAAUGGGACAGAAAUAAUACACUGCCAAAAGUCAUUAUCUUGAGUCAAAGUAUUUACACAGGAAGUAGCUAAAGAUAGAAUGUUCCAGAUGAGACAAAACAAGAUAAGCUCUAAGUGCUUGAUAACAUUCUGAUCGAUUGAGUGUUUGAUAUCUUGUGUGGUAAAACAAUACAGCAUUCCAAAUUACACAAGAAAGAGUUCCAUCAUAAAACCAUUCUGUCAUCUGUGUAUGAUGUGUGUGUUCAUGUUGUUUUAUAGCAUAUAUAAUGAACUUUCUGGAUAAUUUGAAUAAUACAUUGUAAAGAUUACAAAUGGAAAAUGCACAAAAAUAUUUCACAUUCUAUUGUUGAUGUCUAUGUUUUGUUUACAGUGGUUUUGUACCAUCCUUUGAUUAUUUCUCAUCAGAAGAGUGAUGUAUUAAGACAGAAUCAUCCACUAGAGGGAAACCACACACUUACAGCAAACAUUUUCCAGUAUGUACUUUCAUGUAAUUCCAGUACUUGCAUUCUUUUUUAUCAUUAAAACACUCAUGAAAAGCUUUACGAUCCUAAUUAAAGGCAUUUUUGCAUGUAGUCUCUGGAUUUGUCAUUGCCUUUGACAUGAAAAGUUCAUUAACUUCAGUUGAUUAUGACUGCCGUUCAAACUAAACCUGUAGUUUCAGUCUGUUUAAUCUGUCGUUCUUAAAAAACACUUUGAUGUAAC